AUGAGAACCAAUCCUACUACUUCUCCUCCCGGGGUUUCCACAAUUGAAGAAAAAAGUACAGGUCGUAUCGAUCAAAUUAUUGGACCCGUGCUGGAUGUCACUUUUCCCCCAGGCAAGUUACCUUAUAUUUAUAACGCUUUGGUAGUCCAGAGUAGAGACACUGCCGAUAAGCAAAUUAAUGUGACUUGUGAGGUACAACAAUUAUUAGGAAAUAAUCGAGUUAGAGCUGUAGCUAUGAGUGCUACGGACGGGUUGAUGAGAGGAAUGGAAGUGAUUGACACGGGAGCUCCUCUCAGUGUUCCGGUCGGUGGAGCUACUCUCGGACGAAUUUUCAACGUUCUUGGGGAGCCUGUUGACAAUUUGGGUCCUGUAGAUAGUAGUGCAACGUUCCCUAUUCAUAGAUCUGCGCCUGCCUUUAUCGAGUUAGAUACGAAAUUAUCCAUCUUUGAAACAGGUAUUAAGGUCGUCGAUCUUUUAGCUCCUUAUCGACGUGGAGGAAAAAUAGGACUAUUUGGGGGGGCUGGAGUAGGUAAAACAGUACUGAUCAUGGAAUUAAUCAAUAACAUUGCUAAAGCUCAUGGGGGCGUAUCCGUAUUCGGUGGAGUAGGGGAACGGACUCGUGAAGGAAAUGAUCUUUAUAUGGAAAUGAAGGAAUCCGGAGUAAUUAAUGAAAAAAAUAUUGAGGAAUCAAAGGUAGCUCUAGUCUAUGGCCAAAUGAAUGAACCACCGGGAGCUCGUAUGAGAGUUGGUUUAACUGCCCUAACUAUGGCGGAAUAUUUCCGAGAUGUUAAUAAGCAAGACGUGCUUUUAUUUAUCGAUAAUAUCUUUCGUUUUGUUCAAGCAGGAUCAGAGGUAUCCGCUUUAUUAGGGAGAAUGCCCUCCGCAGUGGGUUAUCAACCUACUCUUAGUACAGAAAUGGGUUCUUUGCAAGAAAGAAUUGCUUCUACUAAAAAGGGAUCUAUAACUUCGAUUCAAGCAGUUUAUGUACCUGCAGACGAUUUGACCGACCCUGCCCCUGCCACAACAUUUGCACAUUUGGAUGCUACUACCGUACUUUCCAGAGGAUUAGCUUCCAAGGGUAUUUAUCCAGCAGUAGAUCCUUUAGAUUCAACCUCGACUAUGUUACAGCCUCGGAUCGUUGGCAACGAACAUUAUGAAACUGCGCAAAGAGUUAAGGAAACUUUACAACGUUACAAAGAACUUCAGGACAUUAUCGCAAUUCUUGGCUUGGAUGAAUUAUCGGAAGAGGAUCGUUUAACUGUAGCAAGAGCAAGAAAAAUUGAGCGUUUCUUAUCACAACCGUUCUUUGUGGCAGAAGUUUUUACUGGUUCUCCAGGAAAGUAUGUUGCUCUUGCGGAAACUAUUAGGGGAUUUCAACUAAUCCUUUCCGGAGAAUUAGACGGCCUACCUGAACAGGCUUUUUAUUUGGUGGGUAACAUCGAUGAAGCUAGCACGAAAGCUAUAACCUUAGAAGAGGAGAACAAAUCGAAGAAAUGA